AUGAAAAAAUCCUGGCCGUCAAGGUUCGAGGCUGAAAGCAUGACAAUUUCUUUCGAUGGAAGAGACCUAGAAGGUUUGGAUUUGCCGCACAAUGAUCCGCUGGUCGUCAAACUCUUGAUUGGCGAAAGCAAAGUGACAAGAAUAUUGAUCGAUACCGGAAGCUUGGUCAACGUCAUCUUUAGAGACGUCUUGGCAAAAAUGGAAGUUGGCGAAAACGACAUCGUGCCAGAAUGUCACUCUCUAACGGGCUUCGACGGGGAUCACCUUAUGUCAAUCGGCACCAUCACUCUACCAAUCUUUGUUGGAGGGAUAGCCAGAUACUUCCGGUUCGCGGUUAUCGACAAACCUACGAUCUAUAAUGUCAUCCUUGGAACCCCGUGGCUCCACAAGAUGAAAGCCGUCCCGUCAACGUAUCAUCAGUGUGUUAAGUUCCCAACUUCAAAAGGAAUAUACACGCUGUGUGACAACCAGCAAACCGCAAGGGACUGCUUCUUAAUUGAGCAUAAGAUUCGCACCGGAAAGAAAUUAUAG